AUGUCCCCCAACUCGGUUUCUGUGCUCGGUGCCCAUCCUUAUGGAUCUCUUCAUGUUGUCCAGCCCGACGAGCCCAUGGAUAUAGAAGAACGCCAAGAUAGUCUGCCACCUCCUCUAGACCCCCCUGAGAACCUGAAUAGCCAAAAACAAGUUCAGUUUAGCGAUGCUCGGACAGAGAUCCGAGACGACUCGUCGAGUCUAUCAAACAGUGUGUCCAUGAGCCACUCCAUGGGCGGAGGAGACGUUCUCCUCAUUUUGGACCUGCCAGAAGUCUAUCUCGUGGGAUACGACACCACCUCAUUCACUGCCAGGCACUUUGGAGGCAUCAGAGAUAUCCCGCCCGGCCCUCAUUUCUUCUGGGUAACUCAUCCCGACAGCGGCGCCGUCAGGACUGGUUUCUGGAUUGUAUCCUCUGGCACACACCAAGUUCAUGUUUUGCAAUGGGACAAGUUCAACGAGACCGUGCUUGAACCUUCGCGAGCAGAGGCCCGAAUUCAAGCUGAAAACCUCGACAGUUUUCAUGACAAGCUGGUCCCUUAUAAUGACCCCUCGUCCGUCAAUCCAGAGGGAGAAAAGCUUGAUACAACCGUCCAAAAGGCAGCGAAUGAGAAAUGGAAGAUAUGGAAACAGUUAUCUGGGCACGUCAUCGAACAGGUGCUCAGCCGCGUUACCGGGCAGCACGCCAGCAGUUGGCAUGUCGAUACAACGGAUCGUGUCAAGGGAGCUGUCCUUUUAGGCGCAGAGAUGGAGCUUGAAAUAAGAUUCGCAAACCACGUGCUCCAAUCGAGAGAACUCAACUUCAGCUUCUCGCAGCACUCAAAGACAUAUUCUGCUAAUACUCUGGGAGCCGCUCGAAGCUUGGCUGCUACAGAUGCAACGUCCUACAUGAUGUCUGUCAUGAGUGAACCCAACAACGAGCUAGCCGAAGUUGACGUUGUUGGGGAACUGCAGUUUGCCUUUAUUGUCGGCGUGCAUCUUGGAAAUGAUGCCUGUAUCCAGCAGUGGUGGCAUAUGGUGCUCAAGCUCAUCCUCAAGGCAUAUCUUUUGCCGGAGUACCGCCCAGUUCUCGCUGCUAAGCUACUACAGACCAUUGCCGCGCAGCUUCAAUAUAGCUCCGAGUGGCUGGAUGAGUCCAUCAUGGACUAUAGCGGCUCCAACAGCCAAGAGCUGAGGCUUGCCCUCAUCAUCUACAAACGCCGGCUGGAAGAGGUCCUCAGAAGCCUCGGCACUGACGCCACACCCGAACAGACCAAAGUCGGCACCGCGUUCGCCAGAGUGGAAGCCGAAGUCGUGGCCCUCGGGUGGGAUCUGCAUGCCGACUACCUGAGAAAGGGUAAAGUGAUGAUGGAAGACGGCGAGGAAGUCGAGGUGGAAAUGGCGGAGCUGCAGGCUGAAGACGAGCGUGGCGAGUGGGCGCCCGAAGUUGUCGAGCUUGACGAGCAUGGACGCCAGCGGGACUUGGUGUCGUGGAACGAUUAG